AUGACUACUGAGUCAGAUUUUAUUCAAAAUUACACUUCCUCUGAUGCAAAACUGGAAGCAUUAAAAGUAUCUGACAAUGCUGAGUGUGAAGUUCAGGAAGAAACAGACGCAGUUCCCAAGCAAAGUGACACCACCAUCAUUCCUGAAGAAACUCAGAGAGAGGAGGCACACUCAGAAUUCACAGUUAUUCACAAGAGAAAAAUGGGCUCAACUCGUAGACCUCUCAGAGGUAAUAAAGGACAAAGACAAGAACAUGAUGAGAAAGAAAUCUUCAGUUUGGAGGAUGAACCCAGUCCAGAUGAAUCCAGAAAUACUGCAGUGAAUGUCUGUGACAUUUCAGAAUCACAAACCUUCCCAAAAGUUCAUGCAGGGUCCCAGGAAAAUACUGGAGAUGUUGAAAUAGUGCCAGCAGACGGAGACACAGAACGACACUUAGAAAACAAAACAUUUGACUCAACAACAUUUGGAGGAGAAGCAACAGAAGAGAACAUCUGUGAAGCUAGUGUUUUAGUCAAAGAAGUUGAGUUUAUUGGAGAUACAGUUACAGUGGACAGUAAUAUGACUACUGAGUCAGAUUUGAUUCAAAAUGACACUUCCUCUGAUGCAAAACUGGAAGCAUUAAAAGUAUCUGACAAUGCUGAGCGUGAAGUUCAGGAAGAAACAGACGCAGUUCCCAAGCAAAGUGACACCACCAUCAUUCCUGAAGAUAUUCAGAGAGAGGAGGCACACUCAGAAUUCACAGUUAUUCACAAGAGAAAAAUGGGCUCAACUCGUAGACCUCUCAGAGGGAAAAAUGCACAAAGAAAAGAAAAUGAACAUCUUGAUGAAAAUGAGACACCUGACAGUGAAGGUAGCAUCAAUGUAGAGAAAGAAACAAUUAGUUUGGAGGAUGAACCCAGUCUAGAUGAAUCUACAUUACAAAGUUUAAAAGAUGGAGUUAAAGAACAGGAGAUGGAAAUAUGCGAGAAGAAUGAUGUUGGUCCUGUUGAAGGUUCUAAGUCCACUGACCUGCAGUCAUUGUGUAGUUCAGAUUUAACAUCUGAGGAAUCCACUGUAAUAAGUAUCUGUCACAUCACAGAAUCACAAACCCUCAUGAAACUGAAUGAAGAGUCCCAGGACAAUGAUGGAUAUGCUGAAAGAGUGGCAGUGGGGGGAGAAACAGACCUACAUGUAGAAAUUAAAGCACAAGUCAAAACAUCUGACUCAACCAGUGAAGCAGAAGCAACAGAAGAGAACAUCUGUGAAGCUAGUGCUUUAGUCAAAGAAGUUGAGUUUAUUGGAGACACAGUUACAGUGGAGAGUAAUAUCACUACUGAGUCAGACUUUCUUCAAAGUUCUCCUGAUUCAUUGAAAGUAUCUCAAAAUUCUGUGAAAGAAGUUUCAGGAGAAACAGACACAAUUCUUAAACAAAGUGACAUCAGCAUCAUUCCUGAAGAUUCUCACAGAGAAGAGGCACACUCAAAAUCAAGUCCAGUUAUUCAUAAGAGAAAAAUGGGCUCAACUCGUAGACCUCUCAAAGGGAAUAAAGGAAAAAGAAAAGAUCAUGAUGAGAAAGAAAUCUUCAGUUUGGAGGAUGAACCCAGUCCAGAUGAAUCCAGACACACUGCAGUGAAUGUCUGUGACAUUUCAGAAUCACAAACCUUCCCAAAAAUUCAUGCAGGGUCCCAGAAAAAUACUGGAGAUGUUGAAAUAGCGCCAGCAGAGGGAGACACAGAACAACACUUAGAAAACAAAACAUUUGACUCAACAGCAUUUGGAGGAGAAGCAACAGAAGAGAACAUCUGUGAAGCUAGUGUUUUAGUCAAAGAAGUUGAGUUUAUUGGAGAUACAGUUACAGUGGAGAGUAAUAUCACUACUGAGUCAGUCUUUAUUCAAAGUUCUCCUGAUGCAUUGAAAGUAUCUCAAAAUUCUGCGAAAGAGGUUUUAGGAGAAACAGACACAAUUCUUAAACAAAGUAACAUCAGCAUUAUUCCUGAAGAUUCUCACAGAGAAGAGGCACACUCAAAAUCAAGUCCAGUUAUUCAUAAGAGAAAAAUGGGCUCAACUCGCAGACCUCUCAAAGGGAAAAAUGGACAAAGAAACGAAAAAGAACAUCAUGAUGAAAAUGAGACACCUGACAGUGAACAUAUGUUCAAUGUAGAGAAAGAAACAAUUAGUUUGGAGGAUCAACCAAUGUAUACUGCAGUGAGUGACAUUUUAGAAUCACAAACCCUCACAAAAUUUCAUGCAGAGUCCCAAGAAGAUUAUAAAGAUGUUGAAAGAGCACUAGUAGGGAGAGACACAGAGCCACGCUCAGUUCAAACAGAAAUGACAACUCUUAAUUCAGCCACAUUUGAAGGAGAAGGAACAGAAGAGAUCAUCUGUGAAGCUAGUGUUGUAGUCAAAGAAAUUGAGUUUAUUGGAGAUACAGUUUCAAUGGAGAGUAAUAUGACUAUUAAGUCAGAUUUGCUUCAAAGUGACAUUUCAACUGAUGCAAAACCGGAACCAUUGAUGUCUGAAAUUGAGAAUGAAGGAAAAACAGAUACAAUUCCCAAACAAAGUGACACCAACAUCAUUCCAGAAGUUCCUCACGGAGAGGAGGUACACACAAAAUUGAAUCUUAAUGUUCAGAAGCGAAAAAUGGGCUCAACUUGUAGACCUCUCAGAGGGAACAAAGGACAAAGAAAAGUGAGAGUAGAAUCCGAGGAAAAGAAUGGAAAUAGUGAACCAUUGUCAGAAGAGGAAGACACAGAAACACACUUAGAAAUUCAAAACCAGGAUAACGUGGUUGAUCACAAUGUGACACAAGAAUUUCUGAAUAUAAGAGAUAAUAAAGAUGAGGAGAGAAAGACCACAAAAACAGUGGAGGAACUAUGUGAUGAUUUGAAACUAGAGCAGAGAUCAGAUGUAUCUCAAACACAAUCUGGUCCAUCACAGGAUGAUACUGGCUCACACUUAUUAGAGGUCCCAGAAAGAACUGCAGAUUUUGUUAUAGACAGAUUUGCCGGUAGGAGUCAUUCUGAUCUGUUCUUGUCUGAUGCCCUCCUUGCGGAGGAAACCCAAAUUCAUGUGUCAUCUGAGGAUGUUCUGCCGACAGAGAUGGCUGAAAUGCAUCCAGUCUCCAAAAGGUCUAUGCAGAAGAGAAAAAUGGGGUCAACUCGGAAAAGAGGAAAGAGAAUGGUGAAUGACGAAGAGGUUGAAGAAGAGAAAGAUGGAGAAGCUGAAAAUACAACAAAUGAGGAUGGGACCACAAAGUCAGAGGAGAAUUUAACUGUUGAAGAAGCCAUUGUAGGAUCUCCUGUACCCCAGCAACUCUUUAGUUCAUCUGCUGAUAAAGAAAGCCAUGAGAUUCAGGAUAUUGUUAGUAAAUCAGAUGUGCAGACAGAUAUCUCAGAACAAAAUGAUCCAAAUUCUACCAUUAAUCCAGAACUAUCGAUAGAAUUUGAAUGUUAUUCAAAUGUUGCUGCUGAGAUGGUUUCAGACCUUCCAUUGGGAGAUGCUGACACAUACUUAGGUCAAAAACAAAGUGUCAUUCCUAAAGAGUCUCAUAGAGAAGAUCAAUCAAGCUUGAAUCCAAUUGUUCAAAAACGAAAAAUGGGGUCAACGCGUAAGACGCUCAGAGGGAACAAAGGGCUGGGAAAAGAAGAAGAAUCCAAAAAGAUGGAUAGAGAAAGUGAAGAAAUGACACAGGAGCAGGAUACAGAACCACAUUUAGCAACCAGUGAAAGAAAAACUGCAUCUAAAUUUGAUGAAGAGGUUGAACAAAACUUCCCUGUUGAAUUUCCUUAUCCAGUGGCUUUUUCAAAAAUGUUCCCUGAAUCAGAAAAUGGAGGGAAGGAAGUUUCUCUAAAUAUCCAUGACCUAUCUGAGGUGAGUGAGGAAAAGGAAAGUACUGGAAAUGACAGUAAUAGUGAGAAUGAGGCAAUCAAUCUCUAUGACGGGACAAAGGACAAAUUUGUCUUGACAGUUAGUCACAAAGAAGUUGAUCAAACCGUGUCUGUAGAUGUUUAUGUAGGAUCAGAGCCUGAACAAACUGAAAACACAGGCCAUGUUUUUCCCACACAAGAACUAAAAAGCACUCAGGAUGAUGUUGUUCAUGAAAUCAGUUCAACCCAAGAAAAGAGGCGAAAGAUGGGUUCAACCCGGAGAAAUCCUCGAGUAAUACAUGGGGAAAAUAUGGCCGAUAAUGAAGAUGUACUUGGUGUGGCAGAGGAUAGAGAAACUAAGAAAGCAGAAGAUGAUUUGGAUGAUAUGCUUUUAGAAUCAAGCAUCAUUCAGUCCAAGGAAGUGUCUUCAGUCAGUACCACAGAUCUUGAAUCAGAAAUCUUAGGUAGUGCAACUGAUUUAAAGGAAGAAAAUCAUCAUCAGAACAAUUCUGAACCCAGUGGACCAACAGUGCCUGAAACCCUUCAGUUAGUAAAUGCUGAUGUUACCAAACAUCCACAGUCAGAGACUGUUACUACUGAGAACAGAAGAAAGAUGGGCUCGACUCGGAAGAAUCUCAGAGAAGGAAGAAUACAAGGAAAAAGAGAUGGUUAUGAGGAAACAGAAACUGCAGACACAAAUCUGCAGAUGUCUCAGGACUCUGAAAUGAGCUUAGGAGACCAAACAACUCACGAUUACUUUAAUCAGCCAGAGGAUUCACUUCUCAGUGAGAUAGAGAGAGCACUAAAUAAGACGUCUCAAAGUUCAAUGAGUAAUGAUCGGGAAUCAGUCAUCAAAGAGCCAAACCACAUAUCGAAUGCUCCUGAUCUCAGUAUGCCAGAAAACUCCGAAAUCAAAUCUCUCCAGCCGACACCAUUGGCUCACAGUGAACCCAACUCACCAGGAAGACGAAGAAAAAUGGGGUCAACUCGCAAGAAUCCCAGACAGCAGCUCAAAGCAGAAAGGGAGGAUGAAGACAAAGAGGAUGAGGAGAAAGAUGAGAAUUUAAAAACGAAUAAGCAAGAAAACAAGGAUCUUGAAAGAGUUGAGGUGUCUAUAAUUCCUAAUAUCACUGAAAACAAACUAAAUAAAGAGUAUCUUGAUGUCUCUAGUGCACACACAAGUAGCAGUGAGCUAGAAGAGAGCACUAACCCUGUUAGCCAAGAAAGGACGUCUCCAUCAACUAAAAGGAAGUUUGGGUCCAGACGCACUAAUAAGGGCAAAAAAGGCCUUGGUAGUCUGGCCACUUCUGAUUUUGGGAAUGAAUUAGAAGAUGGAGAUCAUAAACUAGACAUCUCUGAGGUUGAGGACAAGCUGUGCAGUGAUGACUCAGAGGUUUGUGAUCCAUGCCUCACUUUACAACCAGAGAAUCAACCAAUUACCCAUCCAGUCUCUGAACAGAGGAACAUGGAAGUCAAAAAUGAAGAAGUUGCUGCAAAAGGCACUGUUGAUGAUCCCGUCUCUUCGGAACAAAUCAUAAAACAUGAUAGAAGCACUGGAGCUAAGCAGGCUGUAAAUUUAAAGAACAGGAUUUCAGAUGCUGAAGUAGUUCAGUUUAACGUUGUCAUGGUGGGAAACAGCAGUGUGGGGAAGACUUCCUUCAUUAGACGCUUCCAUGAAGGGCAGUUCACUGAGGAUUACCGCUCCACUAUUGGUGUUGACACCUGUAUACAGACUAUUGAUCUGCCCGACAGAACUGUUAAACUGCAGAUAUGGGACACAGCAGGUCAAGAGAGGUUUCACAGCAUCACCUCACAAGUGUUCCACAGGGCUGAUGGGCUUCUGCUCAUGUAUGAAAUCACAUGUUCAAAUAGUUUUAUUUCUGUACGAGAUUGGAUCUCUCAAGCUCAGGAAAGGGCUCCUGAUGAUGUCAUCAUGAUGUUGCUUGGAAACAAGAAUGAUUCUUUAGAGCGUGCAGUCCAGAUUCAGGAAGGGGCAGAUCUGGCCAGAGAGUAUAACAUAAAUUUCAUGGAGUGCAGUGCUGCAACUGGCGCAAAUGUAUCAGAAUCCAUGAGAACUCUUGCAGAGUUGUUAGUGCAGCGCAAGUCAGAGAAGGAGAGACACACAACAUUGAAAAGAGAACCAUCACAGAAGAAAUCUGGUUGCUGUUGAAAACACACUCCCACACACACAACAUGAAUGACCAUUCAAAAGUUUGGGUUAGUUAGAUAUUUUUUGUAGAAAUAAAUACUGUUAUUUAGCAAUUAUGUAUUAAACUGAACAAACAUGACAGUAGAGACUAUGUCAAUACAGAAAGAAAAAAAUAACUUUUUUUAAUAUUCUAUUUAUCAAAGAAUCCUGGAAAAAUGGUUUUAAACUCAUAAAUUAUCAGCUUUCCCGUCAGAGGAAUAAAUAAAACUUAUAAAAAUUUAUAAUUUUUCACAAUAUUACUGUUUUUACAAAUCAGUUAAAUGCAGUAUUACUGAGUAUAGCAGACUUUAAA